GUAUAUAUAUAUCCCAAACUCUAAACCCUAAAACACAAUUGUUUCUGCUAGGUCUCUUCAAUCUGGUGAACUUUCCUUUUUUUCAACACUUUGAUCACAGUUUAAAGGUCCUCAUCUGCAUCCAUUCGGAGAUGGAAGAUCGAAAAUGGGAAGAGCUAAACAUGGAUUGCUUGGUGAAUGUGCUUGGGAGAGUGGGAAUGGAGUCCCUGCUAUGUGAUGUUCCCUUCGUAUGCAAGUCAUGAUACAAUGCAACUCGAAAUCCUCUAUGCUGGCAGCACCUUGAUUUUCCUGAAAUCUCAGACUCAUUCAAAUCAAGAUUAGUGGAUGGAUAUCGAUCACAGAGGUUUAAUGCAAAUGAAUUGAUUAAGUUUGUUGUCAAUCGUAGUGGUGGAUCUGCUGUUUCACUAGUUUUUCCGGUCUAUUUUACGGAUCAGACAUAUGUAACGCAUGAGGCAUUUGUUUGUCUUGUAGAAGGGUGCCCUGCAUUGAAAUUUUUGACAUUUCCUGUUCAAGCGUUUGACGAAACGCCCUUCUUUUCAAGAUAUAUAAGCAAGUGGAAAAAUUUACAGAUGUUAUGGCUUGGAAACGCCAUUUAUCUAGAAGCAAUCCUUACCCAAGUCAGCCUUCAUUGCAAGAAUGUUGUUGGCUUAGGUAUUUCAAAUGGGGACGUUGAGGAAGAUGAAUCAUUGCUUAUAGUCACCUUACUGCCAAACAUAAAGUAUUUGGAUCUAAGGCACACAUAUCUUGAUCAGGAGGAAAUAAUGACGAUUUUGAAGGGCUGCAAAAAGCUUUUGCAUUUUGAUGUUAGAGACUGCAAAGGUUUCCGGCUUGAUGAUGAAAUAUUGAAACUUGCUUCUCAUGUUCCUACCUUCAUGUAUGAGGCGGAUGAGGUAGAAGUCUGGAGUGAUGAUGACAUGACCGUGCUACGCGUAUAUCCAUCUUCAGGAGUGAUGGAUGAGAACUGGACUGAUGAUGAUGGUUUAACCCUAAAGGAUAUAGAUGAUGCUUUAUUGGCCAACUUUGCUAGACGAAAUCGCCAUCCGAGGCCAUCUUUGCCCUUGAAUCAAUCGGGUAGGUGCAUAUAGCACUGUCCUUAGUUGUCAUUUGCCUACUGUGUGGGUUCGAAGCUCAGUUUUGUACAUACGCAAUUUCAAUUCUGUUUAACCUUAUUUGAAAAGGUUGAAUACAAUGAAUCGUGAAGUGUCUAUAUACAUAGUGACAUACAUUAUACAUAUGUUAUGGCUUCACAAUCUGUCUCCACUAGCACUUCUCCCAUAGAAACUGACUGAAGAAGACAAGGAUCAAACUAAAACAAACUUCUUCUUCAGCUUAUAGCAACUAUUUCUAUCCUCCAUAUAUGCUACUUUAUAGCUACUAUAAAUUAAUCCAACAGAAAUUGCCUUCAAUCCUGACAUUUACACUAUAUAUAUAUAUAUAUAUGGGGGGGAAUUUAGAUGGGCUCUAUUUCAUCAGUAUGACAGUAAGUUUGUGUUUGUCUAUAUAUUCUAGACACUACAUUUAUUUCAGCUCCUAUUCUUCACCUUUAUUCUAGUAUAUUAUAAAGUUCACUAGGGGAGAGAAGAAUUGUUGGCUGAAUAUAUUUUCUGCAGAUUGUUAUCUUCUUCAUUAUACCAGCAAUGUAAUCUGAUAUUGUACAUGUUGGCUUACAAUGUAAUUUUGAAUUACAUCAAUUUUUGUUAUUUAUUUGUCUC